AUGAUUGGAGGUUUCUUCGUGUACAAUCAUAAGGGCGAGGUGUUGAUAUCUCGAGUUUACCGGGACGAUAUUGGGUGAGAUGGAACUUUCAGAUUUUAGAAAUUACUUUCUUAAAACAUUGUUCCUCACUAUCAUAUAAAAGACGAUUUCUGUUUAAAUUAAAAUAGUGUGUUCAACUCAAGCACUGAUGCCAAAACCUACAUAAACGUUCUGUAUUUAGUCGUGAUAAUUAACUGGAGAAAGCUUCUAACAAUCUGUAUUUAAUCCCGGCGUAUCCAAUCGAUGGAAAUCGAUGAUCGGAAUACCAAUCGAUUAUUCGAUAAAAUUAGUUAAUUGGUAUCAAUUGAUAUCGGUCAAUCGAUAACCACACGUAAACAGUUCAUUGAUUGCUAUCGAUUGGCACAAACAACCUUGAACAGACGUCACGCACGCUAACUGUCCAAUCAUGCGCCAUUUUUAGAAGCCCUGGGGACGAAAUUGGUGAAACAAUUCUCAAUGCAAAGAGUAUAUCCCUUUGCACAUGUACUCAAAUUACCCGGUCGCCUGUCAUUGCUUUUCCGUGUCAUUAUGUCUACACAAGAAUUCAGUCCGGGAAGAGGCUUUACUGAAUAUAAAGUGCAUCAUCAAAGGCUAUAAUCUUUGCCAUUUUGAGGUGAAUGUCAGUGACGUGUGUAUCAGGCUAGGUAUUGCUGCUUUAUUCAUUAUUUUGUAACAACUCAUGGUUUGCCAAAGUACAACUUCUGUUACCAGAAUUUUUGUGUGAAGACACGUUGCAACCAGUUUGCAGUAUUGGCCUAUGUCUACAGGUAUUAAAUAGUUUUCAACAUUGGAUAACGUUUUCAAACUUCCAACAUUUGUGUUUCCCAGUUUGGUUAACUUUUUCAUGGGAUACGUGUGGACGGGAGGCAAAAACAGGAACAAACUUUUGAUUUGUCAAAGGAAAACCAAUACCUGUGGACUGGGCGAAGAGAAAGGAGAGAGUAUUGUUCUCCUGUUAACAGUCAAAGCAUUAAAAUGAAAUGUUUUUAAAAUUACAUGCAUACAAAGAUGUGAUAUUCAUGUGCUGAUUCCGUCAAUCUACAACCAAUUGAUACCAAUCGAUACAAUUAUUAAUACAUAUAUACAUACAUACAUUUAUUUAUAUAUCGAUUGUUAUUGAAAAUCGAUACCAAUCGAUAACCACAUGAAUCUUCGCCAUCAAUUGGUCAUCAACUAUCAAUGUCAAUUGAGUAAUUGAUAUCGAUUGUCAUUGAUUAUCGAUUUCAUUGAUUGGGUACGCUAUUAUUUCAUACACUGCACUCUAUUAUUGGAGACUGUCCUGGAUUAUUUUUAAAUUCAUCUUCACUUGAGAAUCAACUGUAUAUCUUGUUUUGUCUAUACAUCUAUACGACAUCUCCUUCUCCAAAAGAGUAAACAUUUUCUUCCCUAGCUGUAAGCAAACUCUGAUUAAUUUGUAUUUGGCUUAAGUAAAUGUUUUUGAUAGCUGAUCACUACCACCAUCCUUGAUGCCAUUCCAGUUCCGUGGGACCCAGGGUUUGAUCCCCUCCUGUUGGCAAGUAAUUCAUUGCUCCAUAGAAGUAUAAUAGUUGUUUUGGUAAAAAAUGUGAGGUAUCACUGACAUGGGAGCAUUGGUUCCCUUGGCCUGAGGUGAGAGUAGGAAGAAUACAAGACAAACACAGCAGAAACAAACAAACCUAUUGAGGAGCACUAAAAACUCUACAUGAAGGAACUGACGUACAUGUCAUUAAAGGCUAAGGCUGUGUCUUUUCAUCUUUAUGUUUGAUUGUAUACUUACUAUGAUUUGUAUGGGGAAGUUAGGAGAACUUAUCAAGUGCAAUAAAGUCUUUUGAUAACAUUUCUGACACCCAUUUUCCUUGCACUGUUUAUUUUUAGUCGAAAUGCAGUGGAUGCCUUCCGUGUGAAUGUCAUCCACGCUAGAGGUCAAGUUCGCUCUCCUGUCACAAACAUUGCCCGAACAAGCUUUUUUCAUAUAAGGCAAGGAAAUGUGUGGCUUGCUGCUGUGACAAGGCAAAAUGUAAAUGCUGCCAUGGUGUUUGAGUUCUUGAAUCGCACAGUAGAGAUUAUGAUAUCUUAUUUUGGAAAAGUCACUGAAGAAGGAGUUAAGAACAACUUUGUCCUGAUUUAUGAACUCUUAGAUGGUAGGUGUCAUAAACUUUACUGAAAUUAAGUUAUCACUAGGGACAGUUAAUAAGAGACAUAGAAGCUUGUUCAUCCUUUUAACUUGAACUCUGAAGGGAAAUGAAAAGCAGUUGAGUUAGUGGGGAUUCUAGUUAUUAUUGGGGUCAACUGAAUGUCAAAUUUGCCGUGUUAAUAGUUACUGAUUUUUCUGUGUAUAGUAUAGUGUAAAUUUAACUUUUUUCAUGAGAAAUGGUAAAAUGAUUAUGCUCUAUACAAUAAAACGUGAUCUGUUCUUUGCACCAAUCAAAAUCAAAUUGCUGUAGUGUUAGUUUUAAUGGUUUUACCAACUACACAACAUUCAACAAGAAGAACCAAUGAAAUGGCAUUUGAGUGGAGUUACAAGAACCAGAAUUUGAGUUAUCAGGGUAUAUUUCAGUAAAAUUUUUAACAAGGGAAAGGAAAUUUUGUUAGAGUUAGCAAGGAACAAUUUGAGUUAUCCAAGUUAUCAGGGUUCUACUAUAUGUUUGUUUUUGUGAUUUCUUUACCAAUGAAAUGAUCAUCUACUAUGUGCAAAAAGCAGGUACUAAACUUUUUUUUAAAAUGGGAAAUCAGCAUUAUGGUAAGACUUUCAGAUCUGACAGGGCAAGUGAUGCAUACAACGAAAUACAUUAAUGGCUAGUAGGGUCUGUGGGUUGCCCAAAGGAAAGUGUAAUACCUGCAAUGUUGGUCAAGCAAAUACUUUGCCUUGCAUAAUGCUAGCAUAAUGCUAGCUUUAAUUCUUCCAUUAUUUGACUACUGUGACAUUGCCUGGAGUAACCUUCUACAGCAAGAUAUAGAUCGACUACAGCGCCUACAGAAUAGAUCUGCACCGAUUAUCACACGUUGCUCUCGCUCAUCUGAAGCAAUAGAGCAGCUGCACUAGCCCACUCUUUCCAGCAGACGCUCUUACCACAAGGCUAAACUCGUUUUUCUCUGUCUUCACUCAUUAGUUCCUAGUUACUUUUCAUUAUAUUUUACUAGAUUUUCGAACAUUCACAAUCAUUCCACAAGGCAAAGUAUGAGGCUAUCCCUACCAAACGUUAAACAAAAUUUUGGGAAAAGGACCUUUCUUUUUGCUGGCGCAAAAAUUUUUAACUAUCUCCCUUUAAACAUUGUGAAGAGUGAAAACAUUCAAACGUUCUGCCGCCGAGCAAGACAUUUCUUUUUAUCAUACCUUUGAUAUUUUAUUACUAUUUUAUGCUUUAAAUGUGAUUUUGUAUUGUAUUUUUAGGCUUUUUAAUGUAGUCCUUAAAUUCUAGUAUUGUAUUUUUAUAAGGCUUUUUAAAUGUAAUAGUUCAUGAAAAUUCUUGAUGUAAUUUAAUUUUUUUUAAGAUACAGGGCCUCUAUGGAGACCAGCCUUAGAGAUGAAUGGGCUAUCCUGUGUAAAUAAAGUUUUACUGUACUUUACUUUACUACCCUGCAAUAACAGCAGUCAGUUGUGCUUUCAACUCUAAUUUACUACAUGGCUAAAUUUUGAAUUUGGUUUAUUUUAGAAAUUGCUGAUUAUGGAUAUCCCCAGAAGACAGACACUGCUAUUUUGAAGACAUUUAUUACACAGCAGGGUAUCAAGACUCAGGCAAGUCUAUAUUUCUUUCCAAACAUAUGAAUGAAAGAAAAAAGAGAUAAUGUUAUUUAAAGACCAUUACCUACUUAUAAGGGCCUCCAUUUGAUUGGUGCACUUCAAGAUUCUUCAACCGACCUCACUAAAUUGUUCCCAUUAAACAAGUAUUAAUUAACAUGUUAUCAUUUAAUUGCUUAACUGUAUUCUUUUUCCAGGUAAUGUUUGUUUGUUUGUGUGUUUGUUCGUUCAUUUGUUUAUGUUUUUAUGACUGGGCAGGCCACUCAUAGAAAGCAGAGGUCUAAGUUGACAGUGAAUUAAUGAUGACAACAACAGGAAGGACCAAACACUGGGAUGAAUGUCCUUACUACGGUUGCUGAAACCACUGUCAUGAUUUUUGAAACAGUAGUUAUAGCACCCAAAUUAAAAAUUAUUGUUAAUAUACAUCCCUAAUUUACUCAGGCAACUUAAAAAAGGUUCUAUUUUUGUCAAACUAUCCAAGAAGUAAAUUAUCUAUGAUAAAAAAAAACUUCCAUGAAAGAGACACACAAGUCAUUUCAUUAUCACUACAUUAAAUUUUGAAUCUCUUGGUUUGGAUUUCAUUCAGAAUGUUUCUUAUCAGUCAUUUAAGUAAUUAGAUCAAACAGUCAGUUCUGAUACCAAGGCAGUAUUAUUGAGCUGCACCUUGUUUCUUCAACCUGUUUUCCAUCAUAUGUGAUACAUUACAUAAAAUCAGACAAUAAAAUAAUGUCAUGUUAAGGUGGCUCGACCCAGUAUUUUUGCAGGUACACCUUCCAUCUUUGAAUCUCUAAGACUUAAGCAAAUUGAUCUUUAUUGUAAAAACAUUAUAACACGUGUAUUACACAUAGACUUUACUUUAUUAUGAUAUUAUUUUCUGGGCGAUCAGAAUAAAUAUCAUGUGACAAUGACCUCACAAUAUUUGUGUUCGACGAAGGAGAACGCAGUCUAUUCUGUAAGGUGCGGUUACCAAUUUUGUAGCGUGGCUACGGAACAUGUAGAGGCGCUUUCUGCCAGAUUCUUCACAUUCCUUUGGUUGGUCACAUAUUUGUGCCAUUUUUGUCACCAUUUUGAAUUUCACUCUAUGACGUAAUGCGCACGCACGUAUUCAUUGCCACAAAAAAUUAUAGCAUAAGAAAGUUUAGUCUAUGUGUAAUACAUGUGUUAUAAUGGGUUUUACAGUAAAGAUCAAUUUGUUUAAGUAUAGGAGAUUCAAAGAUGGAAGGUGUCGCUACAAAAAUACAGGAUCGAGCCACCUUAAAUAAUAUAUACUGGUUUAUUUAGACACGGGAAGAGCAAGCACAGAUCACAAGCCAGGUCACAGGACAGAUUGGAUGGCGUAGAGAGGGUAUCAAAUACAGGAGAAAUGAACUUUUUCUUGAUGUUCUGGAGUCUGUUAAUCUGCUUAUGUCUCCACAAGGUUUGUACUACCCUCCCCUCCCCUCCUGAAAACACAAACCGUAGAAAAACUAAGAUGCAAUUAAUUCUCAAAAAAAAAUCUUAAUGAUCAGAUUAGCAUUACUUAAUGCAGUCUAACCCUUAAUAAUGAUCAACUCCUAUAGCUAGUCAGUAAGUCUUGACCUUAGCCACAUGCAACCACUGCAUCUGUAACCUCCAUUUGGUGGACAACUAUCUCAAGCAGACACUUCUUCUGGUCCAAAGCACUUAAGGGAGGUUCAACUGUUUCUUACAAUAUUAUUAUGGAAUAGUACCAUACCCUUGAUAUUUUACGUACGGAGACUCAAGAUUACAUUGUAUUUGGCUCAACAUUCGAUUCCUUUAAGGUGCCAGUAAUUCAUGACAACUUACAAUCGCUCCAUUUAAAAUCUUGAGUAUUAUUUUUCCUACAGCAAGACUGAUAACACAGUGACCUAUGGAGCUAUUUUUACUUUUCUUUUAGUGUUACUAGGCAUUGCUCACUUGCACAUGACCCGACACACGCCCAUUAAAUAUUAAUGUCUUUGUGAAACCAAAGUUUAACACUGAGACUCUUAGCAAGAGAAAGUAACAAAAUUCAACAUUCAGUAUGAUUACAUGCAUAUCCAAAACGUGCGAAAAUUGCUAUUCACUGAUUUGGUAAAUACUAAAAGGAAAUCUCAUUUGCUCAAAUGUAAAGGAAACAAAAAAAAUGUUACAAUGCAAGUCUGGUUAAUUAAUUAUUUUGUAAUGGUUUGCUAGGCUAUUUGAAUAGCAAAAUUGCUCAUUAGUAAUUCUUCUUCAGAAAAAAAAAAAUUGAUGUUUCUUAUGUUGCGUGUUAUUUUAGGCCAGGUUCUUAGUGCUCACGUGUCGGGCCGAGUAGUCAUGAAGAGCUUUUUGUCAGGGAUGCCUGAAUGUAAAUUUGGGAUGAAUGACAAACUGGUGGUUGAAAAACAGAAAAGUGGAACAUCUGAGUCAUCCAUUGACUCACAAAAGAAGUGAGUGACACUUGACCUGCGAUUUUUGUCAUCAAAACAUUUUUAAUAACCUCAUCUGAAUUAAAUCCUAAAGUUCCGUUGUGUUUACAACCUUAAAAUGUAGUACAUACAACUGAAGUGAACAAAAUGCUAGUUAAUAAACAAUGGCAUGAACGAUGUCCUUUCCUUAACAAAUGAUUGCACUAAUAAUAAUUUUGAUUUAGCUGUAUAAGAGCAGUUUUUUUUAAUGAAAUGUAAACGUUUCUACCAUAAAAAAUGACUAACAGUCAUUCAAUAUGCUUUGAUUUUUAAUUGUAUGAUUCUCAACCAUUAUUUUGUAACAUUUGUUAAAUAAAUUUCAUUGUGUUGUCUUCAUGAUUAAUUGUUGUCAAAUGUCUCAGAAACACUACUAGCAAAUCAGGAAUUGCCAUUGAUGAUUGCACAUUCCAUCAGGUAACAUUGUUAUUAUCUUCACUCAAGGUUGAUGGACUGCACCCUCAUUUUCUCAGUCUACCCACCUGUAUUUAUGGUUAUCAUGUAAUGCUAUUGGUGGUCAUGUGAUUGCCCGACCUUCCAUCCAUGAUGGACUGGCAAUGCUGAUCCAUGCCUUCUGGUAGUUGAAUAAUAUCCUCCAAGGUUGUGCUCUAAGAAAAACAAAAGGGAACCAAGUGCUUGUAACCUGUGAAAUCCAGGGUGCCCAGUAUACAAGUUUUAUGACAAAACUAAGAUUUCCUAGUUUUCCAAGGACAAAAGUAAGGUGACAGGAGCCUCUGGGCACUGCUAGAGCACAGCCCUGUCCUCCCAUGUGGGGUGCCUGUUUCACAUGAGCAUCUUUUUGUACAUAUAUUGCAGAGGUUAAACAACACCUGGAUGUGUCUGUCACUUAAACUGUUUUUCUUCUAACAAGUUUUUAACUUUCCUGUUAAGAUUAAAUGUUUUUAUUUGUAUGCUCUUAAGAUAUCCUUUAUAUCCUUUUUUUUUACAUUUUUUGUUUUUUUUUCCUUUUUGCAGUGUGUGAAGCUUAGCAAAUUUGAAACAGAACGUGCCAUAAGUUUUAUACCACCCGAUGGAGAAUUUGAGUUAAUGAAGUAAGGACGGUUUUACUGUUAACUAAAAAUACACAGAAUUUAUCUACAACAGUCAAGGCACUAUGACAGAGUAUACCCAAAUUAAACAGAUCAUAUCAUCAAUUCUUACGCCCAGCCCAGGCAAUAAUAUUACUUGAGGAUGUGUUGGAUGAACAUACUUUGUUUGCCAUCAGGUAUCGCACUACCAAGGAUAUAAGUCUGCCAUUCCGAGUUAUACCAUUGGUAAGGGAAGUAGGCAGGACACGGAUGGAAGUUAAAGUGGUGAUCAAGUCUAAUUUUAAGCAGUCAAUUUUGGGACAGAAAAUAGAGGUAUUAUUUUUAUACAUAGAAUCUAUUGUGCAUGUUUUCUGUAACUUUCACCUAGACCAACAUUAGGAGUGUAAGAAUAAAUUCUACCUCUCAAUAUAUUUUAGCUGUAAGUGUUCCAAUAGCAAUGUAUCAAAAUUAUUACAAGUUAAACUUUGAAUACAGCAUAGACAUCAUUAAAUUUUGGCUUUUUUAUCCAGUGACAGCACAUGAAUACUCAGGGUUCGAAAUUUUUUUUUUAUGUCCAGUUGCCCCUUGGGCAACCACAAGACUUGAUUUGGUUGUCCAAGUCAACCUCUUAGCCUAAGUAAAUCCAAGAAAAUAAAACACUGAGGUAGCUCAAGUUUAUUGACAGUUUUGUUUCACAAUAAAAUACACCUCACUUAUGUUUCAUGUGUUUUUUUUUUAUCCCUCAAGGCGAAAACAGUUGUUGCCUGUUUGGCCUCCACAUGCAGAUUUAUCUUUUGAAAGCCAUCUGUGAUAACUACAAAACAUAGCAUUUUCUUUUGCAACAAAUUGUAGCCACGAUCACGUAAUCCUCACUUGGAAGUAAUAACAUAUGAAAAGAACGGGACGUGCCACAGUCCUCACGCACCCAGUUCUUUCUUGCACCCAUAACUACAUGUACAAAGUCCCCCAUGACUUUUAAAACCUCUGACAACAAACUCUUUUUUAAGCUUUCUAAUUCUUGCACCUAUACUGUGCUGUAGCUUCCUCUGUGGAUUCCAAAUUAAAGUAGUAAAGGAGGCUCAUACAUUUUGUAUUUUGCAACUGCACAGAGAAUCAUGGUGUGACAACAGGCAGGAAGACAGACAAUAUUUAUUUUUCUUUAGGGACAAAUGCCUGAGCAGAUUGGGUUGUCCGAGGGGCAACAACCCAGCACAAAUUUAUAAUUGGUUGCCCCAUUAAUAAUUUCAAACCACUAAAAACUCUUCUUUUUUUUUUUUGUUCAUUUAUUUCUUCUUGCCAAUAGCUAUGAACCAUUGGUUUUUUCAGUAUCUGUUUUAAAUUGUGUUUUUUGUUAAAACUUGGGUAAUUUCCAAAGAAAAAGAGGCAGCCAGUUAACAUGAAAUACACAUGUAGCUGGCAAAUUUUGCCAGUCACCAGAUCUUAUUGAAAACCCUGCAAAUGGAUACGAGUGAUGGUGACAUUUUGUCAUUCAGUUUGCUUGGCUGAGUGCUAAAGUCCCCAGCACUUGAGAUCAAUACGCAAGUUCAAUUUCUGCCUUCUGAGUAUUUUUUCUCUACUUUUACUUUUCUUAGAUAUUAAUUUAUUAAACAUAAAAAAAAUAUGUUGCAAUAGUCAUGUGUCUGGAAGGUGAGGAGAUGCGGAAAGGCUGUAGUGAACAAGUCACUUCACUCAAUUUUUUUAUUACAGACUAAAGCUCAAGAUAGAGUAUUCAUAAGUUAAAAAGUAAUAUGAGCUUAUUUGUUCACUCCAUAGCCUGUGAAUACAGGUGUUUCUCUUUGCUCCUCGCCGCAAGGGACAUUUAAACAUCCUGAGGAGCGAGGAGAGAUGGUUGUAUUCACAGGCUGUUCACUCCAUGUUCCUUGAAUAAUUGAAGCCAGCCUGACUAAUUCAUACUCUGUGCGCAUUCUUGUAUUCAGGUUGUGUUCAGUGUAAUUUAUGCGAGUGAGAGGGAAAGAUAAGAAAGAAAUCAAGACAAGAACAAUGUUGGUUUCUUGUUAACAACUUUUUUGAAUUGGUCCUAUUCUUAGGUCAAGAUUCCUACCCCUCCAACUACAGCUGGUGUUCAAGUGGUGUGUAUGAAGGGAAAAGCUAAAUACAAAGCGAGUGAAAAUGCUAUUCUUUGGAAGUAAGUGUAUCUUAAUAUCAUACUUGACGCUCCAUCAAAAUUAUGAAAUAGCCCCUUUGCAGAUGAUUUUCCUUUUUUCACGGAAUUUGAAGAGACUGAGCAUGAAUUACCCGAAAAAGCAAAUAGAUGGUCUGUGAACAGGCUGGAAAUGAAACCGUUUUAUUAAUAUUUUGUAGGUGUACUUGACAUGUGGAAUUAUUUUGGGGGAUAACAAAUAAAAAAACUCUGCAACCACCCUUUAUGGGCUUGACCCUAUAGAAAAGCUGUACAGUAUUGUUGUUGUGCUGUGACAGAAAAAAAUGGUAAUCUGCAUGAUGUGGACACCACGGUUUUCAGGCAUCUACUUUUCCAUCUUAAUCAAUUGUAUAAAUGCCGUUUAAGUCCUUGCAGUGAGCAAUAAGUUUCUUUAUGCACAGUUGUGAUGUAGUGUUGUAUCCAGACAGUUCUUCUUUUAUUUAGCAAGCAAAUCAUUAUACCUGUUUCAGAAUAAAGAGAAUGGGUGGAAUGAAGGAGUCACAGAUCAGUGCUGAGAUCGAUCUUAUGACCACUAAGGAUAACAAGAAAUGGGCACGGCCUCCGAUUUCCCUUAAUUUUGAGGUAUCACUAUCAUCACUCACACUAUGUUUUAAUGGUAGAGUUUUUUUUAGGGUUUUGAAUGAUACAGCUCUUCAUUUAAAUCAUCACAGGGUAAGGUAGCCCAAAUGUACCAUUAUGUGUAUUCAGGCCAUGAAUCUACACAAUAGUGUGAAUCAAACACAGCAAACUUGGGCUGCCUUCGAUAAUAAAGCAUGUUUAAUUUAACAAUUCAUGAAUGCGGCUGAGUAUCCUAUGAAGAAUUAUGGAGAUCGAGGAGGGUGUUAUCGGCCGAGGCGGAUAACACCCUUCCGAGAUCUCCAUAAUUCUUCACUUGAUGCGAAAGCCGAAUUCAAUAAUUGUUUUAUUAUUCACUCAAAAUAAUUCCUAGUUUAAAAACAUAGCUAAAACAACCUUAUGGUUACCUGCAUCGAUGUUAAGUUUUUCUUCGAUAGUUUACGUUUAGGUUUGUCCAGCUCCGCAAAUAUUCUCCAAAUAGCAGAUGUCGCCCUCCGAGUUGUCUUCUUGCUGUUUUUGCCAUGUUUUUAGCCAUUAUUUCGCCUAAUUCCAGCUGUAGUUCUUACUCUUAAAACGAGUGAAGUGUCCGCCAUUUAAGUUUUUAAAACGAAAACAACUCAAUCUCGUCCCCAGUUCUUCUCGGUUAACGGUGCAUUAACCUGUAGAAGGCUGCACUUUUGACGUCAUUUCCUCGUUAAACACAAAAUUCUUCCAAAUUUGGUCAUCAGUAACUGGUUAUGGUGAAGUAUGCGUGUGCUUUUAACCAAUCAGAAUUGGGGAAAUAUUUUGAAUGAAUAAUAAUAAUAAUAAUUAAAAGCAAUGAUGCAAACUGGUAUAAUAUAUACGUCAUGUUUUACUGCGCCAAGAACCGUAGCCUGGCCUUUUUCAUGAUGACUCAUACCCGCCCAAAAUUAUUUGAUCCCAUCAUAAGUACUUUAUCCUUCCCUAAGAGUAAAUGAAAAUCGGAGGGAAAUUAUGUCGUAACCAUGAGUAACUGAUUCAUCGUAUGACCGCACGUGCCUUUUUCUUGAUUCUUUGUUUCUUGUGGUCAUUUUCUAUCAGCAGCAAUCAGUCGUUUUGCUUGUUUUUUUGUUUCAGGUUCCAUUUGCUUGUUCAGGUCUAAAGGUGCGAUACCUGAAGGUGUUUGAACCCAAACUGAACUACAGCGAUCAUGAUACCAUCAAAUGGGUGCGAUACAUAUCUAGAUCGGGAUUGUAUGAGACCAGAUGUUAAAACUAUAAUUUGUAUAGCCUUGUGAGCUGUACCGGCCUCUUUCCUCCUUUCUUCAUACACCUUUCAAGCUAAAGCAUGCAAGUUACCGUAAAUGCUGUCAAAUCAAUUAGCUUCAUUUACUAAGGUCACAAGGAAAAUUAUCAAUAAAGUUUUCGCAGGGGGUGCAUACCUGCCUUAUAGUUUUUUACUGUUUUUAGAAAGAAAAAGUACACUUCCCUCUGAUGAAUGUUUAUGACCGUUAACACUACAUGUACCGGUACUUUGUAUUCUUUAUUUCCUGUAUUUUAGUCAGUUUACUUCUUCAAUACUAAAAGAAACAACUAGCUUUCUAUGCAAGUAAAGUAAUAAUAAACAAGUUUCUUCACUAUGUAAGGCAAUUUUCUAUAACUGUUCACAUUUAAAAAAGCUUUUAAUAAGUGCACCUUUAAAUUAACUUGCUAGGUUUUGUCGCCGUCAGUUUUGAUUGAGUACCGUAUUUCUUUUGUUAUGUUAUCGUAAAAAUUAGAAAAUGAGGCACUUAAAUCUUGCAGUAAUGAAUUGGUGUAAAUGUAGAUACUAGUUACACAUAUCAGUCAGUACUCACAAUAGCGAAUAGAGACGUUCCUAUGAAUAAAGAAAUGUUUCCUUGUAC